CCCUCCUUCGUUUUCUGCUCGCUUUCCCCCCCGCUCUCUAAACAAACCCUUCACCCCUCCCUCACUCUCUCUGUCUCUCUCUAGAAGCCCAAACCCCUUUCUCUCUCUUCACUCCCGCUCUCGAGCCUCCCCACCCUCCUCCUGCUCCCGCCUCCGGCGUUCAUUGCCGUCUGAGAUCGGCGAAAUCCCGUGAAUCCACCGGGAAACCAUGUCCGGUGGCGUCCGAGCUCCCAACCGUCCGGCUCCGCCGCCUGCCGCCUCCCCUGCCCAGAUCUUCCAGCCACCAAAGCGCCACCUUGCCUUCACAUCCACCAAGCCCCCCUUCGUCCCCCAGGAUGACUACCACCGCUUCUCCUCUCCCCACAAUGCUGACGCCCGCAGGGCGGUAGCUCCAGAUCAGGAAGCUGAUGCUGUCGUCUUUAGAUCUCCCUUAAAACACAAAGGUGGAGUAGAAGACAAUGAAGUCGUGUCUAGCCUGUGGACUAACAGCCCUGGGGCUUCAAACUUAAUUAGCAGUCCCUUCCAAACACCUGUCUCGGCAAAAGGGGGAUGGGCAUACAGCAGGGCAAAGGGCACCAGGGGCAAUAAAUCUGCACCUCAGACACCAGUCUCAAAUGCUGGAUCACCUUCUACCCUUACUCCAGCGGGCAACUGCCGAUAUGAUAGCUCCUUAGGUCUUUUGACGAAGAAGUUCAUCACUCUUUUAAAGCAAGGAGAAGAUGGUAUUCUUGACUUAAACAAAGCAGCGGAAACAUUGGAGGUGCAGAAGAGGCGGAUAUAUGACAUAACAAAUGUCUUGGAAGGGAUAGGUCUCAUUGAGAAGAAAAUAAAGAACAGAAUACGUUGGAAGGGGUUCGAUGCCUCGAGGCCAGAAGAGUUGGAUGCCAAUGCUUCUUUGUUGAAGUCAGAAAUUGAAAAACUUUCUCUUGAAGAGCGGGCAAUGGACGAUCGAAUAAGAGAAAUGCAGGAACAAUUAAGGGAUUUAAGUGAAGAUGAAAACAACCAAAAAUGUCUUUUCGUGACUGAAGAAGACAUAAAAGGCCUACCCUGCUUCCAGAAUGAGACCUUGAUCGCAAUUAAAGCCCCUCAGGGGACCACUUUGGAAGUCCCAGAUCCUGAUGAAGCUGUUGACUAUCCACAAAGGAGAUACAGGAUAAUUUUCAGAAGCACAAUGGGUCCAAUUGAUGUCUAUCUUGUCAGCCAAUUUGAAGAGAAGUUUGAGGAGAUGAAUAAUGUGGAGCCACCGUCAAGCUUUCCAUUGGCUUCCGGCACUAGGUCAAGUGCAAGUACAAGUGGGGAGGGAUUCAAUGCUGUAAGCAACAACGCAGAAAUCACUGAAUCUGAAGCUUAUCCUUAUCAAGUGUCCUUGGAUGCAAAUGGCUCAAAUGAAUCUGUGGGGGGAAUCAUGAAAAUUGUCCCAUCUGAUGUCGAUAACGAUGCAGAUUACUGGCUCCUGUCAGACGUUGAUGUCAGCAUCACCGAUAUGUGGAGAACAGACUCUGGUGUUGAGUGGAAUGCGAUGGAUAUGCUUCAAUCAGACUUUCCAGUGGAAGAUGUGGGCACACCAAGGCCAAAUUCUCCGCCAUCAGAAGUUGCUGAAGUUCCCGUGAACACUGUUAACUCUCGUAAGAGAUGAUACAAAAAGCCCUGAGAAGUGCAUUCCUUCGUCAAAGCUUCAACCGUCACCUGCCGCCAGUUUUUAGCCGCGAUGGGGGCUCAGAUGCAUGUUCAAAGAAGUUGAUGGCAAUAUUACCCAGUAUCGAGGUCCCUGGCCAUUCUGUGGUGGGGGCUUAGAUGAAAUUCCUAGCAAUUGCUCCGGUCAAGGAGUUGAUCUUGAAGGUGGGUUCAGUUUUAUGAAGGACCAAGAAAGAGGAAAACAAGGCACCAUCCGACUUACAAUGAAGUCUGUAAAACAGCGGACACCGUUAAACCUUUAUUACUGUGUUGACUGUCUGGUUGACAUCCUUUAUGUCCUGCAUUUCAUUCUGUUUGUUAUAUUGGCCUCUACUGUCCAUUUAUUAAUGGCCGGGCCCUGCACACAACACAGCUCGAGUUAGUGGAAUGACUAUAUAGGUCUCAGACAAGUGGAUGCUCAUACUAUGUGGCCCCGUUUGCUGAAUGAUGAAACAAGAAAUCGAAUCUGAUGAAA